CUUUCAUUAUUGGCCCAUAAAGUACAUCUUCUUGCCCUAUAAAUUAGUCCUAAGCAACUACCAAUUACAUUAUUCAUCCAACCCCAACAAACAAAACACAACACUUCAAAGAAAACACACACUAAACAAAAAAGUCCAUGGCAACUAUAACUUCCACUUCAUUAAUUCAAGAUUUCAUGAAAAAUUUCCAAUAUCCAAGAAGACUACUUCUACCAGCCACCCCACAACAAACAGAUCUAUCACAAGGGGAGACCACCAAUACAUUUGAUGCACAUGUUGUGAUGGUACUAUCAGUACUAUUAUGUGCUUUAGUUUGCUCACUUGCCUUGAAUUCAAUCAUAAGAUGUGCACUAAGAUGCACUAGUUUGGUAUCAGAGUCAGAUUCAUCAUCAUCGAUCUCUACAAACAUUUCAGCAACGACGAAGCUUACAAAUAACGGGAUCAAGAAGAAAGCCCUCAAGACUUUUCCAAUCAUAACAUACACUACUGAGUUGAAACAUCCAGGUCUCGACUCUGAAUGUGUCAUUUGCUUAUCAGAAUUCGUUGCGGGAGAGAAAGUUAGGGUUUUGCCAAAGUGCAACCAUGGGUUCCACGUCCGAUGUAUCGAUAAAUGGCUCAAUUCACACUCUUUUUGCCCUACUUGUAGACAUUGUCUCAUUGAAACUUGUCAAAAAAUUGUCAAUGGUGGUAGCUCUAAUUCAACUACAAUUUCAAACCCUCAAGAAGUAGCACAAGAAAUUAUUAUAAGGAUUGAACCUCUACAACGUGAAGGUGUGGUAUCUAACCAUCAACAUUAGGUAUAGAAUAAUUAGUGUAGUGGCUAGAGUUCAAUUGAUUGAUAUGUUAUAACAUACACUCAAUUAGUAACUUUGUAGUAAUCAAUUCAGUUGAUUACAAGAUAGAGAAUCGAACCCUCACCAAUAAGGUGAAUGUUUAGAUAGUCAACCAACUGAUUUGCUAAGAUUCUUCAGUCUUUUUUAGUUUUUUUUAAAAAAAAAUCUAUUUUGAGAAAAAUUAGCUAGGUUGCAAAAGCCAAAAGGCCAAUGCUCAUGUAGGUUUUCAAGGGGUUCGUUAGUUUUGGAAAUUGUAUCAUCAAUUGUAUAUAAAUUAAAUCACUUUACUAAAGUUCUUUUUCCUAUUAGAAUUAAA